UUCUCUAUCAAAAUGGGCCAGCAAAACUCCCGCCCUGUCUUUGACAGCAAACUGAUCAAAAGCCAUGUCGAACACGCCCUGAUCCAACAGGAUGGGCGCCAUAACGACAUCCCCACAGCCUCCACACCUGGACCCCAUCCCCGGGCAGCAGUAAGCCACUGCCCCCUUCUCCCUCUCUCUCACCACCUAGGCACUUGGGGUACUAACAAGCUCACAGUCACCGACGAAGCAACCAAAACCGCCCUCCUAGGCGACAAACGCUUCCAGCGCGCCUUCAUGACCUACUUCUCCCUCCUCAACAACCAAUACAACUCCAACUCGACCGCCCUAGCCCUCUCCCAGCUCUUCUCGGGCCCCAUACCCCUCGUCUACGGCCUCUUCUCCUCCCUCGGCCUCCCCCUCACCUUUCUGUCGGAUGGGAUAGAGCUCCGCUCCGCAAUCCUGGUAGCCCAAUCCCUCACCCUCUCAGCCGUAGACUGGCAGCCCGGCAUCUAUGACCUCCUAACAAGCAGCCAGCUCGCCCGGCCGGCAUCAGAACUCCUCGGACCAGAGGAGCUACUAAGAAGGGUAGCCUACGACGGGCGGUUCAGCGGCGUGAUGAAGGGGGGAGCGGGCUAUCACAACAUCAACCAGAUCCUGUCCAACCCGUCGGCAAGGGCGGCGGUGGUGGAGUACGUCCAGCAGCUGGACUGUCGGAAUUUAUCGCUGCUUCUUCCCCAGCUGGCUUCGCUUUCUGUUUUGCUGCUCACGGCCACGCACAAGCCGGGAAAAGCC